CCUCGACUUCCUGAUUUCCAGUUUGAAUAGCAGCAGGGAUAGUAGCGCUCCCCCCGCGUCCCCCCCUCCUCCCCUUUCUUACAACACAGACUGGCUGCCGGACCGGUAUAUAAACCCCGAGAAGUCCCCCAGUAUGAACAUGAAUUUCUGAAAACUUCCUCUGCCAACACCAAUCUCUAUUAAGUCGCUCCCGGGACGCGGCUCACAAUGAAGUUCGUACCGGCAGGCGUCGUGCCCUUCGUGGCCCUGCUCCUGCUGCAGCGGCGGCCGGUGGCCGGCCGAGCACUGCUGGUGACCGGCCCUGGCUGCCCCGGUCACGGCUUGUGCCGCUCCAACGUCCAGGAGCAGACCCGCAGGCAGGUCGCGCUGCUCAACGCCACCGCCCAGGACCUCUUCAGCCUCUACCUGAAGUGCCAGGGUGAGCCAUUCAGCAGCGAGACCGACAAGCUCUGCAACCCCAGCGGCGUCUUCUUCCCCGCUUUCCGCGUCAACCGGACGAGCGAGAGGAAGGAGGUGAUGGUGGCCAUGUAUAAGCUCUUCGCCUUCCUCAACGCCUCGCUGGGGAACAUCACGCGCGACCAGGAGGAGCUCAACCCCACGGCCAAGGAGCUCCUCGACCGGCUCCACAACACCACCAAGACCACCCGGGGUCUCAUCUCCAACCUCACCUGCCUCCUCUGCAAGAACUACAACAUCUUCCAGGUGGACGUCAGCUACGGGGAGAGCUCCAAGGGCAAGAGCACCUUCAAGAAGAAGCAGCAGGGCUGCCAGGUGCUCAGGAAGUACGUGCAGGUCAUCGCCCAGGCAGCCCGCGUCCUCCUACCUCAUCUCAGCCCCCCGUGAGUGCCCGCCCCGGCUCCUCCAGCCCCCACCCAGCUGCCAAUGAGGCUGGCCGAGCCGGCCGUGCCGUCCCCUGCUGCUGCCUACUGACAUGCUGCCUUCUUAUUUAUUACCCCGGACCCUGUGCUGGCCCCAUCUGCUCUCCAGUAAUUUAUUUGCCCGUUGUGGGGUGAACGUCGCAGCCCCGGUGUGUCCCGGGUGGAGCAGAGCCGGGGCCGGCAUCCAGCGGGAGGAGGCAGCACAUCCCCAGUGAUGCCAGGAGGUGAUACCAGGACGCGGCCGGUGCCAGGAUGCGCCUCGGCCGUCCCCGUCCUCCCACGGGGUGCGGGGAGCUGCGAGGGGCCGGUGGCGGGGCCGGACUCUGUCCCCCAUGGCUGGUCUCCUCCAUCCUGGAGAGCAACCUGAUGGACAUCCUCCAGCAUCAUCCGGAAGCUUCCACUUCCCUGGGAAAAAGGACCGGGAUGAAGGACGCCGGGAUGCUGCGGCUGGCAGGGACGUGGAGAUGCAAGGACAUGCUCCACCUGCACAUUUUGGGGCUGGGCUCCCCAAGAAGGAGCUGAACUGAGGGUACCAGGGUGGCCGGGGCGGCCGGGGCUGGGUCCCGCUGUCUCGGACAAGGUCACCCGCUGGGGACAGAGCCAGUGGCCGCCCCACCAGGGAGCAUCAUCCCCCCCGCGCGGGCACGGCGGGGUGCGGAGAGCCCGUCCCUUCCCUUCGGAAAAUUGCUUUUUCCCAUCGAAGGGCUCUGAAUGCACUAGCGGUCUGGCCAAGGGCUGGGCUUCGCACGGCCGAACGCGGCCCCAGCGCGGGGACGCGGGGACGUGGGGACGCGUGGAUGGGCCCAGGCCGGUGGCAGGAGGCGCUGGCUCGCUCCUGGCACCGGAGCAGGCUGCGAGGGUUAUUUAUUGCCUCGGUGGAAAGCCCAGUGUGCACCGAGUGCUCUGAUCUGACUUUUAAUAAUGUUAUUAAUAACAAUAAUUAAUAAUAAUUAUUAAUAAGAUUUGUUGUAAUAUAUAUUCUAUUUAAAUAUUUAUUUUUUUAUACUUUUUUCCCCUUUUUUUAAAUAAACCAACAAAACCAGACUAUAUUCGGCUCCUCUUUGCUGGGUUCCCUUCGUGCUCACCCUCAAACAGCUCUGCUUCUCCCCUGAAAUGCCCUCGGGGCUGCCCCAAAGACCCCCCCAAGCAUCACUGCGGGCUGGGGGGCACCGUCCCCUGUCCCUUUGCUCCUUCUUCCCAUCUCCUGUGGGCUGGCUGACUGGGAAGGCAUUUUCCCCAGGGGAUGCUUAAAUUGACACUCUGCGGCUGCUCAAACGCACCGGGAGGGUGCUGUGAGCAUCACGGUUUGGGGAGCAUCGUGGUGUGGGGAGCAUCACGAU